AUUAAGUUUAAUUAACGCCAAAUCGUUGAAAAAGUUCUUGUCGCUUUUUCACAUACGAUACUAUCGAGCAAAUGCGACGAUAUAUUGUGUUAUCGUUUUUGGCGUCGGGACGCUUAGUCAUUAGUCAAUAAGUCACAUUAUCAACAAGUCUAACUGCAUUAUGACUUCGCUUUAUCCACAGCAAAAGGUGAGCCCAGAGAUCAGCGCCUGCAAGUCGAUAAUACGCAAUUUGUUCUCAAAGCGCUAUAAGCAUCUGGCUUGGGUAUUCUAUGAGCCCAUCGAUGCGGAUCUGCUGGGCCUAGAAGACUACAAUAACACUAUAAUGGAGCCCAUGGAUCUGUCUACAAUCAGACGGCGCUUGAACUCCGCCUUCUAUAAAAACCCCGUAGACUUUGCACGCGAUGUGCUGCUGAUUUUCUACAAUACGUAUUUGUAUACGAAGCCAGGACAUUUGUGCUAUGAUAUGGCAAAAAAGCUGCAGUUAAUUUUUGAGCAGAUGUAUAAGCGGCUGGUGGGAGAAGCGCAAGCGCCAAACAAUGCUGUCUAUGUGGACUCCGAUUCCAGCAUAGAUGCACAGCUAGAGGAGGACGAGGCCAGCAGCAGCUCGGAUACGCUGGAGCCGUAUCAGGAGAGUCGCGUGGCGCAGAUACUGGACAGCACGUCCUUGCCGAAAAUGCCACUGCCAUUACAAGAGGCGGCUGCCACAGAUGCCUCGCUGCUGCUGCCACUGAGUUGUGAUGAGGACUUGGAGCUGCACAUACGCAUGCAGCAGCUGGAUGACAUUACGCUGCUGAAUGUCAUACAUAUGAUACGACAGUUGGAGGGUCUGAGCUUUGCUUAUCCCAGCAAUGAGCUGGAGUUCGAUGUGCACAGCCUCAAGACGCACACCAAGCGCUCCAUCUUGGCCUUUAUGGCCAGCAAGGGUGUUACCGGCAAACGUGUGCCGCGCUUAAAGAAAUUCGUUUAGGUAUUAAACAUGUGCAAUUGGUUUUAUAUUCUAAAACAAAAUUUACACUCCACAACAUAUAAAUAAAUAACCUAAGUUA